GAGCACCGAUGCUGCCGCUACUUCAUAGUCCAUCUUCGUCAUUCUGCUAUUCAAAAAGUCUCCUCAUUAGAAGUCAGCACUGCUGUGUACCUUCCUUCGUGCACAAUCCCGCUCACAUAGUUGUAUGGCCUUUCCGAAAUGAUCAGCUGGGAGUAGUUGAAGCAGUAUUUCUCAGGUAGUUCGGCAUUUUCAUCGGUUGUAUUUCGGAAAGAUGUAGUUGGUGGCGGUAAAGGCACACUUUGCGGGUGUUACAGUUCAUUACACGUAAGAAGUGAUUUCCGAAGUGUCGCCAAUUCCGAAAAGCCCCGUAAGAGUAGUUUGUCCCUUCCGAAAGGCAGCAGUCUUCUGCUCUCAACAACUGAUGGGGUAUGUGUUAGCUUGGGAUAUUGCGAGUUUUCUCUGGUUUCGGAGACGAGUAGAGAGUUUUUGUCCGCCCCACACGUUAGUUUUUGUGCACGACAAUUUUUGCUUCUGUUGUGCCCCAUCGGCUCGGGCAUUUCUCUCGCUUGGAAUGCGGCGCAUACUGGACUUGUAAUAUUACUAAGGCGCUUGUUGUCGAAGUUCUUGCGAACGCAACAUUACAGGGCUUUUAUGGCUAGAGAUGAAUGACGCAAGCGAUGGAAUAUUCACGUCGUUUUAAUGUGUAAUCACCUAGGCCUACAAUUCUCUGACAACCAUGGCAGUGGACACGUCUAUGAGGACUCCCUCAGCAGCUACUCCACAGACCAAGCAGGAAAGUGAAAACCCCACGGUACCUAUAAAGGCCUGGUACUAUAAUGAUAACGACGAUCUUCCGAGCAAGCCGCACCAGUACUCUCCCAACCGAGAAGUGUCGAUCGAUCAUCUGCAGAAGCUCGGAGUCCUUACAUGGACCCAAAUUGAAGCGGACGGCUACGAGAACAAUAGAUUCUUGAACAAGAUUAAGGCUGUUCGGGGUUACAAUUACGAGGAGGUAUUGACUGUUGCGCCUGGGAAGUUGCCAAAUUUCGAGGCUAACACGAAGAAGUUUUUUAUGGAGCACUUGCACGACCACGAAGAGAUUCGUUUCAUCCUUGAUGGCAUAGGUUACGAGGAUGUGAGGGAUUUUGACGGACAAUGGAUCCGAAUCGAGAUAAAGAAAGGCGAUCUUAUUGUAUUGCCACCAGGCAUGUACCACCGCUUCACCCUCGACGAGAAGCAGUAUCUUAAGGCACUUCUGUUAUACCAAGGGACCCCGAAGCGCAUCCAGUUCGAGAAGUACCCCGAAACCGACAGCAUGGAAGUCCGGCUGGACUAUGUCCAAUCAGUGCUGGAGCGGGAGCUGCAGUCGCCGUCGGAGAGGCAGCUCAUCUCGGAAUCGAUGAACCAAGUCCUCGCGGCGACCACUAAAGCCAUGGAAGUCAUCACAGUGUGAACCAGCUCCCUGUACCAAUUCCCUUACCUAUUUCCCGUUAGCUCCCAUGACGAACGUGCAUUAUAUUCCCGAGCUAAAGCGUCGACAUCUCCCGGAACGCCUCCAUGGGUGCCACCUUAGCUUCAAUCAUCCACAACAGAGGGGCAAUGUAAGCGACGUGGAUCAAUUCUCAUAUCUUGUGGGCUUCCAUACCUCCUUCGGCUGCCAGUUGUUUGUAUAAUCGAAAAAAUGGAGCACUGUAAUAAUCGUUUAGUUCCCGGGAUUCGGUGUUUUCUAGCUCUUCUUUUCUUACUGUUCAGAAACAAGGAUUUCCAUCUGUAAGAUGAGGUUCGAUCAAGUUUAACACAUGAUGUUUUCCAUGCCUGUUUUCUUUUUAUAGGAAUCCCAUGUCUUUGUUAGUUAGGACAGGGAGAGAGAGAAUACGCGAAUCUCGGCCUGGAUUCGAGAUGGUCUCUAAAAAUCUUAGUGGGCACACCACUCAGAUCCAGUGCCGAAAUAGCUUGCCAUCCCUCUCGUGCUUUGCUUGAAACAGGAGCUCCGAUUCUGUGCACUUUUUAUUCUUUUUCCUUGUUAGGUGCCUAGUUUGCAUGAGAGGAGGAGAGUAGAUCUGACAACACAUGUUUAGAGUAUGAUACAAACAAGCUGACGCACGAUACGUGUAAAAUAAUUUGAAGAUGUAACUUUUCUUUUCUAUUUCUCAUUU